CGCUCCGUUGAGUUCCACCUCGUGCGCGCACACAGUCCAGAUUCAGAUUAUUCUGCAGAGACGGUCGUUAUACACACGCCACGUCUCAGAGAAAUCAUCUCCAACAAUUAAAAGAAAUCUAUCAUAUACAUUUGCGGACAGGACAUUAUAAGUAGCCUGCUUUAAACAUUUCGAAAUUAGAGUUUAACACAGAAACUAGAGGAUCCUCAGCUGUUCUGCUCGACUGUUUAAAGAUGCUCACAGAUAUUAUAGAAGGAGAAUUUGAUAUCAAAGAGGAAGAGCCAUGGUACGAUCAUCAAGAUCUGGAACACGAUCUGCAUUUAGCCGCAGAAUUGGGGAAAAACUUACUGGAACAGAACAGAGACCUAGAAGAGACUCUCCAACAGAUGUACAUCACCAACCAGGAACAGAUACAGGAGAUAGAGUAUCUUUCUAAACAGGUGGAUAUGCUGAGGUCGGCGAACGAUCAGCAGGCUAAACUCUACGAGCAGCUGGAUUCAACCGCACAAGACCUGGAGCUGAAAAACCAACGGCUGGUGCUGGAGAACAGAGCGGCUCAGAUGAAGAUCGAAGGGCUCACAGAGACGAUGGAAGGGCUGCAGACUCAGGUGGAGGAGCUCCAGAGGGAUAUGCAGAAGCUGAAGCUGGAUUCUGCUGAACAGACCCGGUCCCGUGAUCCUGACGGUGUUCAGGGUCUCACAUGCAGCGAGGAGAGCCGUCAGUUGCACAAGUACUUUUCCCAUGAGCCCUCUGUUUCCACCAGCCGCUCGUCACUGAAGCGAGAGGAACAAGACGAGUACUGGGAGCUGAAGCGCUCGGUUGAGUCCCUGCAGGCGCAGCUGAGCACAGAGCGCGCUCAGAGAGAGACGGCCGAGCUGGAAGCUGAGGCUCUGGUGCAUGAACUCAGCCAGCUGGAGCCCAAAGUAGCGCUGCUCGGAGUCUACAAGGAGCGGCUGGCCGAGACGGAGGCUGAAGCCCAGGAGCUCCGCCUGCUUUUGCGCUCGAGCGAAGAUAGCGUGUUCCUCCCAUUGGAUGAUGAAGUGGGUGGGGCCGUACACAGGGGGCGGAGCUGCAGCAGCGAGAGGCAGUUGCUUAGUGAUGAGCAGCCUGCAGUGGAGCAUCAUGGUAUCUCUCUGCUAAAUGAGGUGGAUGCUCAAUAUACCGCCCUGCAGGAGAAAUACGACACGCUGCUGCGCCGCUGCCAGGGUGAGAUGUUGUCAGAGAAGCAAAAAACCGACCAAACGCACACACACUCGCCGGGUGUAAACACACAGAACGAUUCCCAGCAGCCCGAGUACAAGGCCCUGUUUCAGGAGAUUUUCACCUUUAUCCAAAAGAGCAAAAAGGACCUGAAGGAGAACAGGAUCAAGGUUGAAUGAGGCACUGAUCUGCGUCUAUCGCUAUAGAACUAGAGACCUUAAAGGUUUGAUACGACAGGUUUAUACCAGGUUCUGUCUUGCUUUUAUUACCUAGCGAGUGUAUACAACGCACUUCUGUAAAUAUUUCUGUAAACUUAAAAUGUACUGUAACUGAUUUCUGAAGCAAACAUUAAAUCUUUGUGUAUUUAUAGUGGA